AUGCAAUAUGAUUGUACUUAUGAAUCGAAUAUGAUUAAUGAUUCAGAUAUGGAAGAAAAUAUUCAUUCAUAUCCAGUUUAUCAACAACAACAUAACUUUUUAGCAUCAACUGUAUCAAAUAAUAAUAAUAAUAAUAUGAUAACAACAAAUGAUAUAUAUCAAUCAUCAUUGUCAAAUAGUAAUACAAAUUAUCAAUCGUUUUAUUUUCCUUCAUCAAUUGACUUUAAUAAUUCAAAUCAAUAUCAUUUCGAUUAUCAAUCAUCAACUCACCAUAUUGAUCCAUAUUCGAAUAUAUUUCCAAAUAAUUCUUCAAUAGAUCCAUAUUCUACUCAAACAAUAUAUAAUUCAACAUCAAUAGAAUCAUCGACAUACAUGCCACCUACAGAUUCUUAUCAAACUCUUCAUUCAGUAUAUAUUCAUUCGAAUGCUACUAUUCCAUCAACAAUGUCUCAAUGGAACUUAGAUACAAUGAAACUGUCUAGUCAUGAUGUUAUAUCACCAUCGAAUUCUAGUAAACAACCGUGUGUUGUAUGCCAUGAAGAAUCAUCCGGAUAUCAUUUUGGUGCAUAUACAUGUGAAUCAUGUAAAGCAUUCUAUCGACGUGUAACUAAAGAUCCAAACAUUGAAAUUAAGCAUUCUUGUGAAAUUCCACUACCAAAUAUUACAAAAUUAAACCGAAAAGAUUGUCGAGCUUGUCGUAAAGAUAAAUGUGAACGAGUAGGAAUGACAGUAAUAUCAAAAGAUCGUAUAAUACAAACAAAAUCUAUAUCAAAAUCUUCUUUAAUAUCAAUGAAUAAUUUACUUGAACAACUUGCAUAUGAUCUUACGUAUAAUCAAUUAUCAACAUCAUCAACAUUAGAAAAUCUCUUUCAUCUACUUGAUUUACCAUCAAUUAUUACAAUUAAUUUUGAUUAUCAUUCACUUUAUAUGAAUGCUAUUCAAAUAUGGAGAAAUCAAUAUAAUCAUUUUUCACAAAUAUUUACUAAUAUAUCAUUAAAUGAUACAUUUGCUGUACUACUUUUUCUUUUUUAUUGUCUUAUGAUAAUGAAAGAAAAUAAUGAUAAUAAAUUAACAAAUAAUAUUAAAUUUGAUAAACUUAUACAUAUACUUCAACAAGAAAUUAAUCGUGUAACUGGUACAGAUCAUCGAUUAGCUUGUCGAAUAAAAGCUUUAUUUAUGAAAUCUUAUGUUGCACUUGCUCAAUAUUAUCCAAAUAGUAUAAAUUUAUUUGAUAGUAAUUAUAAUUCACAAUCACAAUCUAUUCUUUCAUAUCAAUAA